AUUCGACUAGGGAGGGGGUUGAUACGCCGAAGCUGAAAUCGAGAGGCGAACCCAGGAAAGGAGUAUAUUGUACACGCGACUUUCCCCCCCUUCGUCCCCCAAAAGGAGGGGGAAAAGUCAGAAUUGUGGAAUCGAAAAGGAAAAUAAGGUUCAAAAGACGUGAAAACGUCUUCCGUUGUGGAUACCGUAUAUCUUUUUAAUUCGAAAAAAUAUGGCCGAGAACGUUCUGGACUCUGGCCCGCCUUCAGCCAAGAGGCCUAAACUAUCCUCUCCGGCACUGUCUGUCUCCGCCAGCGAUGGAAACGAUUUCGGCUCGUUGUUUGACCUGGAGCAUGACCUCCCGGACGAGCUUAUCAACUCCUCUGAGUUGGGCCUGGUCAAUGGCGGGGACCUCAGCCAACUGCACACCAGCCUGGGAGGUGGGAUGGGACCUGGGGGAGGGGGUGGCCAGGACGCGGUGGCCAAGCACAAGCAGCUCUCCGAGCUCCUUCGGUCAGGCGCUCCACACACCUCCACCCAGCAGGGCGCAGUGGGCAGCACAGGCGGGGCCAGCAUGGGCCACCUGGGAAACAUGAAGGUGUCCCCUGGGCCCCAGGGCAUGGGCCAGCAGCAACACCUCUCACCCCAGCAGCAGGCCAGCAUGAUGCAGCAGCAGGCGGGGAUGGUGGGCAGCAUGAAUCGGGGAAUGAUGGGGGCCCAGAAGGGCAACGGACAGCAGCAGCAAUCCAUGAUGGGUGGGCAGGUGAUGAACGGAUCCCCCAGGAUGGGCUUCUUGAACCAGGGGAUUGGGGGGAACAGUAACCUGCUGGCUGAGACUCUGCAGCAGCAACAACAGCAGCAGCAGGGGGCUGGUGGACAGGCUGGACUCAGAGUACAGCAACCUGGAGCAAUGAACAAGAUGGGUAUGAUGGGUAACCCGAGUUCAUAUGGAGGCCCCUAUGGAGGGCAGCAGGCAGGCCAGGGCCUGGGGGGAGCAGGGCUGGGCCCUCCGCUCCAGAACAAAGGCUCCAUGCCCAACAGCCUGGCCCAGUUCAGCAUGGACAAGAAGAGCCAGCCCAUGCAGGGCAUGUCUGUCAUGGCCCCCCAGCAGUCCGCUGCAGGUGUGGGCGGUGGAGCCGGAGGCACUGCAGGGAUGGUCCCCAACGCCCAAGGAGGCCUGGGGCCCGCCGUGUCUGUAGCCGCAGCUGCCGCAGCAGCCGGGGCGCCCCCUACGGCCGACCCUGAGAAGCGCAAGCUUAUCCAGCAGCAACUAGUGCUCCUGCUACACGCACACAAGUGCCAGCGGCGGGAGCAAGCCAACGGGGAGGUGCGCCAGUGCAACCUGCCACACUGCCGCACCAUGAAGAACGUCCUCAACCACAUGACCCACUGCCAGGCUGGCAAGUCUUGCCAAGUGGCUCACUGUGCUUCAUCCAGACAGAUCAUCUCUCACUGGAAGAACUGUACACGGCACGACUGUCCGGUCUGCCUGCCGCUCAAGAACGCUGGGGACAAGAGGAACCAGCAGUCUCUGCUAGGAGGUGCUGGUGUAGGUCUGGGUAGUUCCCUGGGCUCAGUGCCCGGAGGUCAGCCCAGCGCCCCAAACCUCAACCCCCCCAGCCAGAUCGACCCCAGCUCCAUCGAGAGGGCCUACGCCGCCUUGGGCCUCACUUACCAGGGCCUGCAGAGCCAGCCCAACCAGGCUUCUCUGCCCUCACAGGGCCUGCAGAGCCAACCAGGCAUGAGGCCGCUCAAUCCCAUGGGGGGUAACCCGAUGGGAGUGAAUGGAGGUGUGGGUGUUUCACCCCAGAACCAGCAGGCCAGCCUGCUACAGGACACCAUGCUACACCUCAACAUGAACUCCCAGGGUCUGAUGAGUGAUGUGGGUGGGGCGGGUAACAUGGGAUGCAUGCCCACGGCGACCCCACCCUCGGCAGCGGGCAUGAGGAAGAGCUGGCACGAGGACAUCACCCAGGACCUGAGGAACCACUUGGUGCACAAACUGGUACAAGCCAUCUUCCCGACCCCAGACCCUGCUGCUCUGAAGGACAGGCGGAUGGAGAACCUAGUGGCGUAUGCUAGGAAGGUGGAGGGGGACAUGUAUGAGUCUGCCAACAGCAGGGCGGAGUACUACCACCUGUUGGCUGAGAAGAUCUAUAAGAUCCAGAAGGAGUUGGAGGAGAAGAGGCGGACGCGGCUCCAGAAGCAGGAUGGUCCCCUCCCUGACCACUCUCUGGUGCGGCCCGGUGGACCCAACCAGAUGGUUAAUAGGAUGCAGAACCCUGCAGGUAUGAACCAGUUCAAUCAGAUGGGGAUGCAGUCUAUGGGUCAGAGGUUGACCCCUCCUCUCCCCCUCACACCCAUCAACCAGAUGGGCAUGGGGAACCCCAGGAUGGGCCAGCCCAACGUGGGCCAGAACCAGUACCUGCCCCAGGGACAGUUCCCAGGCUCCGGUCCAGGCCUCGGCACGGGUCAGCCCGGCGUGGCACAGCCUGGCAUGAACCAGCAAGGCAACCAGGGAGGCAUGGCACAGCCUGGCAUGAACCAGCAAGGCAACCAGGGAGGCAUGGCACAGCCUAGUAUGAACCAGCAAGGCAACCAGGGAGGCAUGGCACAGCCUAGUAUGAACCAGCAAGGCAACCAGGGAGGGAUGGCACAGGUGAGAGAGACUCAGAUACCCAUUCCUUCCCCUCUUCCCGUCAACAGCCCUCUAGCUGGGCCCGGCUCGGUCGGAGGGGGUAGUGGUGUCCCCUCGGUGGGGCCCAUGGGUCCCCAGAGUGUGGGUGGAGGCCCCUUGUCCAACCUGCCCCUGUCCAACAACCCCCAGCAGCCCAACUCCAUCCCCCACCUCGCGGCCAUGCGCCAGAGCUCGCCCUCCCCCGCCCGCAGUCUUACCCCCACACCCCACCAAACGCCACCCAGGCUAGCUGGCUCACAGACCCCCCAGCCCCACACCCCCAAUCCGUCCCAGCUGGCCCCCCCAGGCCCUCAGCAGCAGCUAGGGCCCGGCAGCCAGGGACCAGGCUCCAACAAGCCCAUGCAGCAGGGGAUGGGGGUGGGGUCCACCACCCCAUCGCACCCUGCUCACGCCUCCACAACCCCCAACCCCCAUGGAGGCCAGCUCCCUCGCACGCCUCGCACUCCGAUGUCCCAGAAGGGCGGCUACCAGCCCCAGGACGGUCAGGCUCUGACCCCAGCGUCGGUCAGCAGUGCGGACACAGCCUCCCAGCAGGCCUCCCAUUCGGAUGCCUCGGCCUCCGUGGACCCCAAGACGGAGGUCAAGCAGCAGCAGGACGAGGAGGACGACGGGGAGGAAGGCUGCUCCAAGGGGGGGAAGUUAUCCAACGUCAAGAUGGAGAACAAACCCAUCAAAAUGGAGGGGGUGAAGAAAGAGGAGUGUGGGGGCAAAGGUGUUCCCAUGGAAACGUCGUCAUUGGUGGGGGUAAAGAGUGAAGAUAGGGUGAAGACUGAAGACCGGAAGCCGGAGGUGAAGAAGGAGCCAAAAGAGGAAGAGAAGGGGUCCGAGUCCCCUGGUACACCGUCUGGUGCCCAGAACAAGAGGAAGAUCUUUAAGCCAGAGGAGCUGCGCCAGGCCCUCAUACCCACCCUGGAAUCUCUAUACAGACAGGACCCAGAGUCUCUGCCCUUCAGACAGCCUGUGGACCCUCACCUACUGGGCAUACCUGACUACUUUGACAUAGUGAAGACCCCCAUGGACCUGUCCACUAUAAAGCGGAAGCUUGAUACGGGUCAGUACCAGGAACCCUGGCAGUAUGUGGACGACAUCUGGGUCAUGUUAAACAAUGCCUGGCUAUACAACCGCAAGACGUCCCGUGUCUACAAGUACUGCUCCAAACUGGCUGAGGUGUUCGAGGCCGAGAUAGACCCCGUCAUGGUCAACCUGGGCUACUGCUGUGGUCGGAAGUUGGAGUUUUCUCCCCAGACGUUGUGCUGCUAUGGGAAGCAGCUGUGCACUAUACCCCGGGACGCUGCCUACUUCAGCUACCAGAACAGUUCACCAAAAUUUGGGCUUCUUGCUGACAGGUACCACUUCUGUGAGAAGUGCUUCAACGAAAUCCAGGGGGACAACGUGUCCCUAGGAGACGACCCCUCCCAGCCUCCGACUUCCAUCGGUAAAGAUCAGUUUGAGAAGAAGAAGAAUGACGCAUUGGACCCAGAAUUGCUUGUGGAAUGUAUGGACUGUGGACGUAAGAUGCACCAGAUCUGUGUCCUGCACAACGACACUAUCUGGCCAUUAGGUUUUAAUUGUGAUGGCUGCUUAAAGAAGUUGAAUAAGACACGUAGAGAGAACAAGUAUGCCGCCAAAAGGUUGCCCCACACUAAGCUGGGCUGUUAUUUGGAGACGAGGGUGAAUGACUUCCUGAAACGUCAGAGCCACCCUGAGUCGGGUGACGUCACCAUUCGAGUCGUCCACGUCUCUGACAAGGUGGUGGAGGUCAAACCAGGCAUGAAGUCCAGGUUUGUGGACACUGGGGAGAUGUGUGAGUCAUUCCCAUAUAGAACGAAAGCCCUGUUUGCCUUUGAGGACAUCGAUGGCGCUGACGUCUGCUUCUUCGGCAUGCAUGUACAGGAGUAUGGCUCGGACUGCCCUCCUCCCAAUCAGAGACGAGUGUACAUCUCGUACCUGGACAGUGUUCACUUCUUCCAGCCUCGUUCUCUGAGGACGGGUGUCUACCAUGAGAUUCUCAUUGGCUACCUGGAGUAUGUCAAGAAGCUGGGGUACACGACAGGUCACAUCUGGGCAUGCCCACCUAGUGAAGGGGACGACUACAUUUUCCACUGUCACCCUAUGGACCAGAAGAUCCCCAAGCCCAAGAGGCUACAGGAGUGGUAUAGGAAGAUGCUGGACAAGGCUGUGGCGGAGCGCAUAGUGCACGACUUCAAGGACAUCUUCAAGCAGGCCACGGAGGACCGUCUGACCAGUGCCAAGGAGCUGCCGUACUUUGAGGGGGACUUCUGGCCCAACGUGCUGGAGGAGAGCAUCAAGGAGCUGGAGCAGGAGGAGGAGGAGAGGAAGAGAGAGGAAAACAGCACUUCCAACGAGAGCGUAGAUGCCACGAAGGGCGACAGCAAGAACGCCAAGAAGAAGAACAGCAAGAAGACUUCUAAGAAUAAGAGCAGUAUGAGCCGAGCCAAUAAGAAGAAGCCAGGCUUGCCCAACGUGUCCAAUGACCUCUCUCAGAAACUCUACGCCAGCAUGGAGAAGCACAAAGAGGUAUUCUUUGUGAUCCGUCUGAUAGCAGCGCCCAUGUCCAACACGCUGGGCCCCAUCACAGACCCCGACGGCCUGAUGGCCUGCGACCUGAUGGAUGGGCGCGACGCCUUCCUCACCCUGGCCCGGGACAAACACUUGGAGUUCAGCUCGCUGCGCAGGUCCAAGUGGAGCUCCAUGUGCAUGUUGGUGGAGCUCCACAACCAGAGCCAGGACCGCUUCGUCUACACCUGCAAUGAGUGCAAGGGCCACGUGGAGACACGCUACCACUGCACUGUCUGCGAGGACUAUGACCUGUGCAUCACCUGCUACAAUACUAAGGGCCACAUCCACAAGAUGGAGAAGCUGGGUCUGGGCCUGGACGACGAGAGCAACAACGCAGCCUCCUCAUCCAUUGCCAACCCCGGGGACUCGCGGCGCCUCAGCAUCCAGCGCUGCAUCCAGUCUCUGGUCCACGCCUGCCAGUGUCGCAAUGCCAACUGCAGCCUGCCGUCCUGCCAGAAGAUGAAGCGCGUGGUGCAGCACACCAAAGGUUGCAAGCGCAAAACCAACGGCGGCUGCCCCAUCUGUAAGCAGCUCAUCGCUCUCUGCUGCUACCAUGCCAAGCACUGCCAGGAGAACAAGUGUCCCGUACCGUUCUGUCUGAACAUCAAGCACAAGCUGAGGCAGCAGCAGCUCCAGCAUCGGCUCCAGCAGGCCCAGAUGCUGCGGAGGAGGAUGGCCAGCAUGCAGAGGGUGGGUCAGCCACCUCCGGGACCGGGGGGAAACGGUGGACUACCAUCUCCGGGAAACAACGGCACCACAGGGCCCAGCACCCCCAUGUCUGUGGGCACGCAGCCCCCCACGCCUCAGACCCCAACCCAGGGGAACAUGCCCCAGCAGGGGAUGGGCCAGGGCCCCCCAGGGCAGCAGCAGGGCAGCAUUCCCCAGCAGCACCACAUGCAGCACCAGUUCCAGCAGCAGAUGCAGCUGCAGCAGCAGGGGGGAGGGGGAAUGAUGAACUCUCCUCAGCAGCAACAGAUGGUCCAACAGCUUCAACAGCAGCAACAGGGCCAGUCUCCAAAUGUCCAGCAGAUGCAGCACCCAGGAGGUCUGCCCCCCUACACCCCCAGACCUCCAGGAGCCUCGCCCCUCCACCAGUCCCUGGGUAAACCCGGUCUGGGCCCAGCCACCCCUCCACAGCAGCAGACCAACCCUAGCCAGGGUUCCAUGCCCCAGGGGCAGCAGCAGCAGGGGCCUCCUCCGGCAGCGGUGGAGAUAGCGUUGAAGAUCCAGCGUGUGGCAGAGACUCAGCGUCAGAUGGCCCAGGCCCAGGCCCAGAUCCUCCAGAGGCAGCAGGCGGCCCAGGGUGGAGGCAUGAUCCCCCCUCACCACCAGAACCCCCAGGCUCAGAUGCAGAGCAUGGCCCACGCAGGAGCAGGCAUGGUAGGGCCCCAGGGUCUGGCAGGGAGGACCUUGAUGGAGCAGCAGGGGAUGGUGGUAGGGCCAGGAGGCAUGCAGCAGCAGUCCCAGAUCCCCCCUCAGGUUCAGCUCCAGCAGCAGGCCCGACUUCAGAACCCCAACCAACAGCAGUGGGGAGGCCCUGGUGGGAUGACCCCCCAGCAGAGGCAAGGCAUGAUGGGACAGAUGGGUCACCUGACACUGCAGCAACAACAGCAGCUUGCCCAGCAACAGCAGCAGCGGCAGCUUGCCCAGCAACAACAACAACAGCAGCAGCAAGGUCAGCCCCAGCAACAACAGCAGGCAGGGCAAGGGGGGUUAAUGGGGUUGAUGGGAGUUCAAGGCGGCGUGGCUGGGGCGGCGGCGGCAAUGGUGGGGACAGGGAACCUCCCUCAGGCAGCUCUACAGGACCUCCUGCGUACCCUCCGCUCUCCCAGCUCCCCCGGCCAGCAGCAACAGGUCCUCAACAUCCUCCGCUCCAACCCCCUCCUCAUGGCUGCCUUCAUCAAGCAGCGAGCUGCCCGAUACCAGGGAGGUCCAGGGGUGCCUGGGGCACCGGGAGGAGGCCCAGGAGGGGGGCCUGGAGGUGUGCGGUUCCAGGGGGCCCCUGGUGGGGUAGGAGUUGGGCCUGGUGGUAACCAGGUUGUUAUGGAUGGUCAGCAGGUCAACGUAAACCCUGGAGCGGCCCAGGCAGGUAUGAACAUGGGCCAGGGAGGAGGAAAUAUACCCACUAUGGCUCAGCUACAGCAGUUGCAGCAGCAGCAACUGCAACAACAACAGCAGCAACUGCAACAACAGCAGCAGCAACAACAACAACAGCAGCAACAGCAACAACAGCAACAACAACAGCAACAACAACAGCAGCAGCAGCAACAACAGCAACAACAGCUGCAGCGCCCUCUCUUGCCUGGGAGUUUGCAGCAACAGCAGCAAAUGGCAGCGCAACAACCGCAGCAACAACAAGGCGGUAUGCCAGGCCAAGGCACCCCAAUGUCCAACAUGACUCCCCAGUUCAGAGAGAUUCUGAUGCGAAGGCACCUGCAGCAACAACAACAGCAGCAGCAGCAACAACAACAGUUGAGUAAUAAUGGUCAGUUCCAGCAGCCCCCCCAACAGCAGCAGGGUCAGGGCCAGCAGGGCUUCAUGCAGCAGGGCCAGCCUGGUCAACCUGGCCAGACCCAGUCUGGGGGAGGAGGGCCGCAGCAGGGGGGGGGCCAGGGGCCCCAGUCGGGUCCCGGGCAGGGCCAGCAAGGGCAGGGCUACCCUGGAACCAUGUCCCAGCAGGUAGCCACAGCCCUGCAACAGAGGCUGCAGCACCAGAUGCAGAUGCAGCAGAUGCAGCAACAGGAUGGUGGGGGGCCUGGGCAGCUCCAACAGGGGCAGCAGGGUCCCCAACAAGGCCAAGGUGGUCCCCCCCAGCCCCAGUCCUCCCAUGCCAUUCUCCAGCAGGCCCUCCACCAGAGACUCCUCCAGCAGCAGCACCUAGGAGGGGGCUCGCCUGCCCAGCACGGCAGUCCUAUGAGCCCCCAGCAGCAGAUGGCCCAGUCCCCACACCCCCACCUCCAGGGCCAGGCUCUGGGCGGUCAAUCUCUCAGCAACCAGGUGCGUUCUCCUCAGCCUUCCCCUCGGCCACAGUCCCAGCCGCCCCACUCCAGCCCCUCGCCACGCAUGCAGCCCCAGCCCUCCCCUCACCGCAUCUCCCCCCAGACAGGCUCUCCGCACCCGGGUCACCUCUCCCAGCACCACCCUGGCAUGGUGGCCUCCCAAAACCCACAACAACAAUUGUCACAGCAACAACAACAGACUAACUCUGGGGACCCGGGUACGUUUGGUUCGGACCCAAGUGCUAUGAUGUCCCAGAUAAGUGGGAUGGGGGGCUUGCAUGGCCCAGGGCAGUCGGACAUGUUGGGUAAUAACAACCAGGACCUGGGGACGAACAUUAACCACAACAGUUUAGACAUUAUGUAACCUACUACUAGGUCUGUCUCGGUGGUCUGAAGAACUGCCUUCAUGGGUCUUGCUGGGAUUGAAUGGAAGGGGGAUGGCAGUUUUAAAAGUUAUUUUUAUUUAAUAUUUUUCUGAUGUAUAAAUGAAAAGAACUUAACUUCCUAUGGGAGAUGCAACAUUUUAAACCUACAAGUCAAUAAAUGAAUAAAUUAAACGAAUGGUAAGUUAUUGCUGUUUAUGUUAGAUAGAUAUAUAUAUAUAUAUCUAACAUUUUUGCCAAUUGUGUACAUAAGGUGUAAGGGGUUUCUGGACGUGAGAGUUCUUCCUUAGUAUAUGACACAAGUAAAAUUUUUGGGGACUGAAUUUUUUUAGCUUUUUAUUUUUUACAAGUAUUUUUAAGAUUUUCAAUGUGGUGGAAAAUUACAGUGAGUUAAUACAAUGGACCUUUUUAUCGUUCUGUUUUCCUUCAUAAAACCAGUCAUGAUUGUAUCUGUUUUGCAGAAGUAUUUUUUAAAAAUAUAUAUUAUAAUGAUCAAUA